CUUACUGGUUCAGCACUUAAUGGUUCAGACCUCUUACUGGUUCAGCACUUACCCAUUCAGAAGUUACCAAACAGCCCCUAAGUCAACUAAGAACCAAAAUAAAAUACUCAAGACAAUAGAACGAAUUAUAGUAGGUGAAAUUAGCAAGAGGAUUUAAGUUAUUGUAUAGAUCGAUAUACGGAUUUGAGAUUUUUCGCGCUCCAAACUUGGGUAGAGCUUUCGACACCAAAGAAGCCGCAGCAUUCCAGCAAUGGCAGAGGUUACCCAAGCUGCUAGUGAUAUUCCUCCAAACAAGACAAUUUACAUUAACAACCUCAAUGAGAAAAUCAAGCUUGAUGAGUUGAAGAAGUCGCUACAGGCUGUGUUCUCUCAAUUUGGGAAGAUUCUGGAGGUCUUAGCUUUCAAAACCCUAAAACAUAAAGGUCAAGCAUGGGUAGUUUUUGAGGAUGUCUCAUUUGCGACCAAUGCUCUUCGCCAAAUGAAUGGGUUCCCAUUCUAUGAUAAGCCAAUGAAGAUACAAUUCGCAAAAACAAAAUCAGACGUUGUGGCAAAGGCCGAUGGUACUUUUGUACCUAGAGAAAAAAGGAAGAAGCAUGAAGACAAAGCAGGAAAGAAGAAAAAGGAGCACCAUGAUGCUGCUAAUCAAGCUGGAAUGGGCAUGAAUCCUGCUUAUGCUGGUGCUUAUGGUGUAGCCCCUCCGCAGCUUUCACAUAUGCCCUAUAAUAUGGGUGGAGGGAUGGGUGCUGCAGUACCGGAGGCGCCUGCUCCUCCAAACAAGAUAUUGUUUGUCCAGAACCUUCCGCAUCAAACGACACCCAUGAUGCUCCAAAUGCUGUUCUCUCAGUAUCCCGGAUUCAAGGAAGUUCGGAUGGUGGAAGCAAAACCCGGGAUUGCUUUCGUGGAGUUUGGGGACGAGAUGCAGUCCACCAUGGCAUCCCAGGCGCUUCAGGGAUUCAAGAUCAUGGGUGACAAUGCUAUGCUCAUUACUUACGCCAAGAAGUAAAUAUAUUGCCUUGUGCCUUAGCAGUACAAAACAACUGCUACUGUAGAAUUGAUGUUUUGACAUCCUCAUGCUGGCCAACUGUGUGAAACCAUUAGCUUUAUGAUAAUACCCUUUAUACCCCCCGAGGUUUAUAGGGACGGUGUAUUUGUGUGUUGAUACUUGAUUAUACUCUUUUUUUUCUUCUUUUAAAUUUUAUUGACUCUAUUAACAAUGUAGUAUCCAAUUCUACUUUAUUAACCUACUACUGAAGCAGGGUAAUGUUCU